AUGCCAUGCGACAAGAUCCAGAACCUACCAGACCACGGGACCUUGCGCCCGAGAAAGUCCCACCGCCACCUCCGCAACCACCCACCAGACUACGUGACCCUGCACCCAAGAAAGUCCCACCGCCACCUCCACCCACCAGUGACCCUGCACCCAAGAAAGUCCCACAUGAUGGACGCGGAUUUGCGCAGUGGAGUCACCCAUGGAGGAAGACCAAACACUGGGAUUGAGGUCAGGCUGCAAUGCUGGGAUUUUCCUGGACAACAAGAGUAUGCGCUACUGAACCGGAUCUAUUUCUCGAAGGGCGCUAUUUACUUGGUGUUCUUUGACAGGACCGGGAACAUGGAUACAGAAUGGCGACACAUUUCUUUCUGGCUUUGGGCCAUAGCACACUAUUCGAAAGAACACAAAGCCAAGCCACCAAUUUUUCUCCUUGGAACCAAAGCCGCUACAAGCACUUUGGAUGAGACGGAGCUCCAAAGGAGGCUCGAAGAGCUUCAGAAAAGGGUUCCAUACCUGAAGCAAAUCUUACGAUCACAUCCUCCUGACUCCAAGAGUGAUUGCAAGUGGCUCGUACCAGUAGAAAACAAGGGUCCGGAGUUUGCAACAUGGAUACAACCUUUGCGCUCGCAACUGGAGCGAGUAUCCUUUCAGAUGGUCACCGAGCCUGACAUUUGGAAGAACACUUAUCCACACGAGGAUAUGCCCGAGUUUGUGGGCACGCAGGCAAAGACCUUCCCCAUGCGAUGGCUACGAGCCCAUGAUUUGCUAGUGGAAUUUGGCCAAGGCUUCAGGGCCACAGCUCAAUUGGCUGAACUUGAGAAGGCGGCAGAUUUGAAGAAGCGCACGGUGGGAGAGCAAAGAGUUCGAAUCACUGCAGAUUUGAGAGCGAAGAUUUCAGGCACAUGGCUGGCAGUACCGUCAGGGGCCUUCAUAGAACUGGAAGACGAGGCAUGGCCUUCAAAGGAGCUGGCUUCACAAGAAUGA